CAUGGAAGGUUUUAUGAAUGGUAUCACGCCCUCAGAGGCGGCACUGCUCACUCGUGGGGCGUCUGGUUGCCGCCGGCGCCAUCGGUUAUUACUGCUGCUCCCAUCCUCGCCAUAUUUGGUGGACUCUUCUUACAUUGCCUUGACUUCGUCAACGGUGUUUAAUCUCGCCAGCGCCAAUCUGCUCGCGGUUGCAAAUUGCUAUGAGUACCAUAGGAUUUCGGCGGCCUGUCUUUGCCGAAGUUAUCUUGGGCACAUCAUCAAACCCAUGGACUCGGGAUGCCUUCAUACUUUUCCUCUCUCGGCACCAUUGUAUGGAAAAUCUUGAGUUUAGCGUCGACGUCGAAAAAUAUAUCGACAUAUACACCAAAUCAACUACUAAUAUCCCAAUGUCAAGUACUAAACGCUAUUCUAUAAGUUCGUCCUGGGAAAGAUUGAUGCAAUCCUACAUCGAGCCAGGGGCACCUAGAGAGGUCAAUGUUUCUGGUCGCAUACGAGACAAUCUGUUGAAUCUCCCUUAUAUACUCUCUCCGCCCAAGCCCUCUGAACUAUAUGAGGCCCAACGACUCGUUUCUGCUCUUGUGGACGACUCUCUGGCUAUAUUUCUCGAGUCGGCUGGCUCCUCGCAGCCCAAGACCCCGAUAAUAAACCGGGAUACAGAAUUUGGAAAUACAAGUAUGCCUAUGGGAGGAAGAGUCUGGAAAAGCAUGACUGGCAUCCUUUGUUUCACUCGGAAAUAAAGUCAUGUCUUCUAGGUCGGAAGCUCGCUCGACAGCGUGCUGUAUAACCUAGUCGACUGGAUAUCGCAAAACGUUUUAGUCCUCCACAACUGGUUGGUCUGCCAGGACAUCAUGAUGCGCCCAGAUGAAUCAAGAAAAGAUCAUCGCGGAGCAACACAACGAUAAACUGCAAGGUCCCCAGAAAUUGUAACGGCCCAGACGACCAACCAAAUCUGAUAAAGGUAGGAAGUUUCGAUGUAGCCCCGCUACUUCUUCCAGAGCUCGGAAUAAGUUCCGUUAGCCAUUGACAUCAUAUGGAGGGGAGAUUGUACUUUUAAUUUUUUCAAGUAUUAGAUGCUUGUUGAUAGGAUAGCCAAUUCACAGUACAUUGAGUGGG